CUCAACAUGUCCAACUCACAGCUUGUCUGGCUCAUCACUGGCGCUGCGUCUGGCUUUGGCAAGCAGCUCGCGCUCGAGGCGCUGUCGCGCAGCGAUAAAGUUAUAGCCACGUCACGUUCAGCCUCGAGGUUGGCUCCGCUCAAGCAGCACGGUGCCGAAACCGUCGAACUCGACGUGACGAGCCCCCUGGCCGGCCUGCAUCAGGCCGCAAAAGCGGCGACGGCGAUCUACGGAAAGAUUGAUGUCCUCGUCAACAGCGCAGGUUACAUCUCGGUCGGUGCCGUCGAGGAAGCGACUCCCGAAGAGACAUACGAUCAGUUCAACACGAAUGUCUUCGGCGCUCUGAACAUUACCCGCGCAUUCUUGCCCUACAUGCGAGAGCGCAGAUCUGGCACAAUUGCGUUCAUGGGCUCUGUCGGCGGUUGGCGUCCAUGCCCCAUCUUUCCGAUGUACGCCGCAACCAAAUACGCAAUACGGGGUAUAUCGGAGUCCCUGCACGGCGAGAUCGCGCCUCUAGAGCUUCGCAGCAUUGUUUUCGAGCCGGGAUACACCCGUACAAACUUCCUGCAGUCUGGCCACCGGGGUCCGUACGAAAACCGCAUCGAGGACUACAAAGCGCUCGGCGAACAGCGCAACGCGGCUCUUCUCGCCGCCAACGGCAAACAGCCCGGUGAUCCUGUAAAGGCGUCCUCUAUCAUCGUCGACGUGAUUCGCGGAGAGGGCGUCGCCACUGGAAAACCGUUCCCCACCAACCUGGCGCUGGGAAGCGACUCGUACGCUGGCGUCAAGAUGUCUUGUGAGAACAACUGGGGCAUGCUGGAGGAAUGGAAAGACGUCAUCUGCAGCGCUGAUUUCCCAAAGGGAUCGUAGACGGCAAACAUACAGUAGUCAUAACCAAACGCGUAUCAAUAGAAUCUUCGCUUGGGGCCUACCGCUCCUAAU